CUUUCUCCUUCGUCUGUCAGUCGGAAAACGGCGGUGCCGCGCGCCGCUCUAUAAAGGCUUCGCGGAUAUACCGGUUCCUAGAAUACGCGCAACACACGCGGGAAAACCCACGGCUUAACUUCGUUAAGUUUCGAAAAAUCGAUGCGAUUUUCGUAUCGCCGUGUCGCAAAUGCCGGCAGUGGAGAUAACGUAUAUAACAUCCCGUUCGCCGAAUCAUCAAAAAAACAAUGACAGCGAAAAAAAUGCAUAAACGGAAGAGCGGAGAAAACCCGGAUUUAGAUCGCUAUACAUACAUCCGCGGAAACAUCGCUGCACAGACACCCAAUGAUUCGCGGCGCGAGUAACGGCGUUACCUUUCGCGAUGCGAACGAGUGACUUGUGCGGACGUCGCGCGCGGUCAAAUAUCAGUGAAUGUUAACCGAGAGUGUGAGCGACUCCGCGGGAAGGAUGGCGGUGAGACAUUACGCGCAUCAGUAUACGAUGCGGUUAACGGACGAGAAAAUCGCCGAUGGAAAUGUCAGCAGUGAGAACAGCGACGCGGAGGAUUAUUAUCCGCUGGUCCACCACAGCGUCAACACGGCGAUGGUUAAUAACGCGAAUGCACGUAGGCGAGCGAAGGAGGCCGGCUGGGAUGAGACGGACCUCAUGACGAAGAACAAGCAGCGAUAUCGAUGGCGUUUGCUGGCCUGCGGCAUCGUCAUUAUAAUCGUGCUGGCCCUAGUGAUCGCCGCGGCGAUCCUUCUGACCGGCAGGCCGGAUUCCUCCUCGUCCAGAAGGAACGGCGCACCGGGCAUUUCCCUGGAGGAAUGGCUCUCCGGUUCGUUAUCCCCCAAGAGCUUCAACGGCACGUGGAUCAGCGGAGACGAGAUCCUCUACCGUGACGAGAUAGGUAAUUUGUUGAUCUACAAUGUCAGCUCGGCCGCAUCCAAGAUCCUGUUGGACUCCAGCAAUCCCGAUUUGCUGUCGAGCUUCGACCAUCAUUUAUCCGCCGAUAGGAAGUAUCUAUUGCUCGCUCUCAACUACCAGAAGACAUGA